AUGGCGUCGAUUUCCCCUCUGCAUCUCGUCUUCUCACUCCUCCUCUUCACUUACCCCGUCCUCUCCGAUCACUCGCCGUCGCAUGCUCCUUCUCAACCUCCGCAUCCGCCCGCCGACGAAAUCUCUCCGCCCCCGGCCUCCCCAGCCUCCGCGCCUUCACCCGCCCACUCCUUCUCCUCACCUCCGGCGCCGCCGCCCUCAGAUCUCGACUCACACUCACCUUCUCCCGCACCGACUCCGGACAGCGAGUCUCCCUCCCACUCUCCCGCGCCGGCAGCGGACACCGGAGACAUCAAGCGCGAGACUCAGCCCAAUGCGGCUGAUUUGGACAGCAACGGCGAGUCAUCCGGCGGAAUGAGCAGCGGGCAGAAAGCCGGCGUGGCGGUCGGAGUGAUCGCCGGAGCGUGCGUAGUCAUCGCCGGCGUGGUGGUGUACAAGAAGCGGCAACAGAAUAUCCAGCGGUCGCAGUACGGGUACGCCGCCAGGAGAGAGAUUCUGUAG